CUCCCAUAAUGCACCGCACUGUUGUGGUUCCGGAACAACAUGGCGGCCGCGGGCUGCGUCUUCCACAGAACCCUGGGCAGGUCCGACGGGAACAAGGUGUCCUCUGCUGUGGUGUGCAGGGAGUCCCUCCAUGUGGUGGCGCUGCAGCGUUACAGCAGAGAUCAGGGUUCUCCGGUCUACUUCCCUCAGGCCGUCCUCAGCGGGGACGACCUGUACGACGUCACGCUGUCUGACGGUGACUGCAGACUUCAGGUGACUCUGGAUCCGGGUCUGAACUGGCUGGUGGAGAGGAACGUCCUGCGGUCCGGACAGAUGCUGAGGAACGCCGCCUUCAGCUCCACCAUGACCGCCCAGCUCCCAGCAUGCACCGGGGCCUGCAGGGGGACAGACAGCUACAGGAUGGUGAGCGUGGACGUUCCCGGUCCAGGUGAGGACGGAGACGGGAGGACAGGUGUGGACUGGGACUCUCUGCCCUGGUUUGGAUCCUCAGUAGCUGCAGCCCCAUUGGUUCCCCUCAGAGCCAAUCGGAGUGUCUUCCUGCCGUUGUGGAAUAACGUGGACUACAGCGGACAGGUGUGGAUGGAGGCUCCGCCCACUGAGGAGGAGGAGGAUGAAGAGGAAGAUGGAGAGGAAGGACGACGUCCAACUGUCACCGUCUCCCGGCUCAGAGACUCCUUCCUGUCUGGUCGCCGUGGCGUCACCAGGGGUGCCGUCCAGCAUCAGCUGAUUGUACGCAUCAUCAACAAGUCUCCGCUGACCUAUUACGGGAGGACGGACAGGAACUGUGAAUGUCCAUAUAAGGCGGUGUUGGAGCUGUGCGACCAGACAGGAAGUGUGUGUGCCGUGUUGUGGAACAGUGUGUGUGUCAGCUGGUAUCGUCGUCUCAAGCCCGGUGACAUCGUCGGCCUGCGACGCUUCCGAGUCAAGCAGCGUUACCAGGCGGAGCCGGGAGUCAUCGAAAUCAGUGUUAACAGCAGGAACCCUGCAGCUCAGAUAUCCGUCCUCCCAGAAUCCUCCGUUUCACCCGAGUACGUCCCACCAGCCGUCAUCUACAGCUUCUACAACAGUCAGCAGAUCCUGGACCAGCCUCAUGACACCGUGUGUGAUGUCAUCGGCGUGCUGACAUUCGUAGGACGGUCUGAGCGAAUCAGGAGUAAGGAUGGCAAAGGGGCGGAGCUUGUGGAGUAUCGCUGGCUGCAAUUGGAGGACGGUGCCAGCGAUCAACCAAUCAUGGUGAAGCUCUUCUCUACGUCACAGCCUGAGACUCACCUGAAGCUCCACCCAGCCUCGAUCCUGGUCGGUACCAGACUGAAGCUGGUCCGGGCCUCGGAGCAGACGUCCUACCUGACCAACAGCGCCUACACUCAGGUGUACUGCUCAGGUCAGGGCCACCACUCCCAGAUGAGCUACCGACGGCUGCGGCCGGUCCGAUGCUUCCUGGACUGGCUGAGGACGCAGGAGGACGCCGCCGUGCUGAGCAGGGCUCUGAUUGGAGGGUUCUUCACGUACCCGCCCCCUCCUGUCUCCAUGGAGACCUACAUGAAGGAGCGCAGAGGUGAGCCGGGAUUCCUGCGAGGGGCGGAGCUUCAGAUGGCGCUGGACAGACUCUGUUACCGGGAGCGAUGCACCUUCUGUAUCCAGGCAACCGUCACCACGGUUACCUACAGCCGCCUAGGAGAGGACGAACGCUGUUUGUUCUGGACGGAUCGAUCUUCAUCCUUCUCUCCAUCCUCCUCCCUCACCCUCCACCCCCCGAUCCUCCAGAACUUCUCCGUCCUUCAGUCCAGCAUCUUCAGCAGUCAGCCGGUCGACGCCUCGAACUCCCACCAGACAGCAGGGUCUUUUAAAAGGAAGCUGCUGUCGACUGAAACUCCAAAGAAGAGAGGUCCGUGGGUCACACUGCAGCCAGAACACAACACCGACACAGUGGUUCUGUUUGAAGCCUCCAUGGAGUUCCUGCAGAACGUCAACCCAGACGACAAAGACGACGAUGAGGACGAUGACGCCUUGUCCUUCGUCACUGCCCCCUCCCCACCCAUUGUCCCACCCGUCACCAUGGAGACCUUCCCCAUGUGUUAUGACCACGCCCACUGGGAGGAGCAGACGGCCACCGUGGUGAUGGGAGGAAAGACGACGCCGGGGAGGUUCGACCUCGCCAUCGACGACUACUACACCCUGAAACUGAGAGCUCUGUCUGACGGGGUUCUGGUCGAUGCCGUCUCCCCCCACGCCUGGUCUUCCUCCCCCUGCCCCCUCCUGAUGCCCCACUCCAACACCUGGACCUCCAUCCUGUCACAUGGAGCCUUCUCCUCCCACACACCUCCACCUUCACCAGGUCGGUACCGACACUCCUCAGCCGUCCCACGUAGAACCAAACAAGAACAUCUGGGUUCUGGUAGAAACUGACCCCAGAUCAGGACG